AUGAAAAUAGAACUGGUGUCAGAGGUCCUACAGCUAAAGAAGCCUUGUAGUGAGAUUAUCGUUGACCUCCUGUUGCCGGACCUAACUGAAAAGGUUGGCGACAUCAAGGUGGGCGAGGCUGUAAAGCAGGCCUUCACCGCGCUGGCUGAGGCAACCACAUUUGAGAUUGUUGGCGGACGCAUCCUGCGGGCGGUCUAUCAGCAGAAGAAUCCCAAGUGUCAAAUCGAAUGCAUCAACUGGCUCUCGGUCUCCAUCAAGGAAUUCGGACUCCAGUAG